AUGUUCUCAAACCAGCCGCAAGGAAUGUCACCUGAAGACAUCAAAACACUCCGCGAUCUCGCCGGCCGCUACGGCUCCAACAACGUCACAUAUACUCUCCGCAACAUCACAUCUCCUGAGCCAUAUCUCAGCGUACCGAACCGCAACUCGGGUCUCUCAAUAACAAGCUUUGGAAGCGACGCUCCCUCUCUGUCUUCUGGCCCUUGGUCUAACUCCUCCGUCUCCAUCUGCGAGGACGCCUCAAUGUCGGGCUCCUUCUUUAUGCCUUCAUGGGACGCCGAACCAGCAUUACUCCUUUCAGACACAAACUCUCUCUCGGGUUCAGAGUUCCAGGACCAGAUCUCUCCACGCAACACUAUGAUGAUGAUGAAAUCCCCGGUCUCCAAGGCCAUCGAGUGCCCCAUGUGCGCUGCGUACGACGUUCACGUAGGCUUCGGGCGCAAGUCAGACUUCAAGAAGCACCUCCAGAACUUUCACAACACAAACUCUCUCUGGGUCUGUCCGGACUCGUGCUGUAAGAUGGUUUUCGACUUCGAGAAGGCCUACAUCACGCACUUCAAGAUCGAGCACGGAGACGCGUGCCCGCCCGCAGACCUCAAUAAGGUUGAACUCUGCCCACAGGUCGUUUUUGCCUGUGGCUUCGUCGGCUGCAAGGAGGUCUUCGAAGCCGCGUCUGACACCGACGCUGCCAUCGCCGCCGAGACGUGCUUUGAUCACCUGGCAGGUCACUUUGACAAGCGCAGCAGCGUGUCGUCGGAGUGGACUUACUACCACCAAGUCCAGAACCUUCUCCGCCAGAGAUCUCUGAAGGACGAGUGGAAGCAUUCUCUCUGGGACAAGGCCGCCCGGAACCAGCUUCGCUGGCAACCCCGCUCCUCAGGGGACCUCAAGAAGCUGCUCGAGUGCCGGCAUCUUCCGGACGUCCCUAAAAUCCUUCAUGCUGCGUGGACACUCGGCCAGACGUCCUUUUCCUCACCAGAGCACCCCGCUCCCGAGUUCCCCGGCGCCGCCACCCGCCCUCUCCGCUCCACCUGCGCCUUCUUCGCAAAGGGCCACGCCGAGAUGAAGGUCGUCGUCCCUCAACAACCCGCCCCCCACCAGAACAUCUUCUCCCUGAGACGCAAUCUCUUCCCCGUCAAGCUGGCCACCGUCUCGCACCCGCCGCCGCGCAGCGUCCCCGACGAGCCGGACUCUCUGGAAUACCCCCACCCGGGCACUCCCAUCGUGCUCCCCGAGCGCGACGAUUGGUCUACCAACGUCGUCCUCGGCCCCCCGGAAGACGAGCAUCUCUGCUUCGACCCGGCCAUGUACCCCUCCUGCGGCAACCCCAUCGCGCCCUGGAGCCAGAGCAUGGGCGACCUCAGCCCCAGGACCGACUGCGAGAGCAUCGGGCCCCUGCUGAGCGUGCCGAAGCAGAAGCGCCCGUUCAGCUGGGGACGGAGGAGCCUCGAGAACCUGAGGCUCAAGAGGCGCGGCGUCGAGGACAAGGGCGCUUCCCUCCCGACCUGGAUUUGA